AUGGCAGACCCCGAGAUGGACGAGUUCGCACAAACUCGCGGCGCUGACGACCUAUUCGACGACGAGAUUAUCCCAAUCUCCACAGAAGAGCAGCAGGCGCACACAGAGGCCAUUACCGCCGAGGCAGAGCCAGAGUCACAGGAGGCACAUGUACCCGAGAAGCAAGCUCCCGAGCAACCAAUUCCACGUGGGGAAACUCCGCAGCGGGGCCGUGGCGGUGAACGAGGCCGGGGACGACGGAGUCGGGGCAAAGGAGGACGCGGUGGAAGGGAGUCAGAGCAAAAACGGUCAGAAAGCACACCGCGCAAAAAGGCUCCUGCCAAUGCGCCUGCUGCCGAUGUGCGUGAGGCUAGUGCUUCCAGGCAUGAGAAGCCCGCUGAGCCUAAAGAGCAGACCGGUCCGGUCGAAGAGGGUGGUGAAGAGGCCCAGCGUGUGCCAGCUGUCCGUGGUGAUCGGAGUGCCACUGGUGGUCUGAGAAAACCUAAACUCACAGAGGAGGAACUAUCUAAACGCAUUGCUGCAGCCAAGGAGAACGCUGUGAAGAAGGCUGCAGCCCAUGCUCGCGCCGAAGCUGAUCAGGCGUCGUUCAUGGAGCGCGAGCAGGAGGCGGCGAAGAAACGUCGUGAGGAACUCGCGCACCGCCGCGUUAUGGAUAGUGAACGUGAGAAAAACAGACAGCGUAAACUCAAGGCCCAGACAGGGCGUGAGUGGGACUCGCAGAAACGCGAGGAAGAUUAUGACCCCCGCGGUGGAGGCAGCCAAUUCCGACGCGGUAUGCAUGGCGGUGUGUCUGGCGCCGUGCGACGAGACUUUGAAGACGGCCGUUCAGAAGAUGUUGCAGAUCAUUCUAGUGACAACCGGGGUCGUGGACGAGGUGGACGAGGUGGUCGAGGUGGCCGUGACCGUGGAUCUUCCCGUGCCCUACAGGGAGACCGGCCACGCAAGGGCUUAGCUGACAGUAUAUAUGCAACAGAGAGCCCUGCUGCACCGAGGUUGGAUGAGAGUGCAUUCCCGGCUCUGCCUGAAGGACCCAAGAAGACUGAGACCAAAGCUGCGCCUGCGCCGGAGAACAAGCUUAAGGCUGAGACUAAAGUCCAGCUCGAAACUGCUCCUGCACCAUCCAAGUCACAGUCAGCAAUGGAAAAAUUGGAAUCUUCGUUUUCACCCAUCACUGGAACAUGGGCAGACCAGUUUGAGGAUGAGUAA